UGUUGUCGCCGGCCGCCCCGUUUGUUGCCAUUCACGUGCGCGCGUGAGGGUUGUCCGUUCGGGUGGUCAUCUGCACGUGGUGCGUUUCAUGGCAGACAUCUUCCGGCGGCUACCGCUCAUGUUACUAGCAUCUCUUCUGCUGCUUCUUCUCGUCUUUUUGCGCGCCUUCAUCGUGACGCGGCCUCCUGGGUGUAGACAGAGACGACAAGUGGAUAGGAAGACGACGAUGGACAGGCGGGACAGCUCCGUCGGACAGCAGAGACGUGUGAUGGAUUUCUCCAUUCCUGAUCGGCCCCGGUCCRGCCAUCGACCCGCCGCAUACGACCCGUCCUUGUACAGUCAUCUUCCACCGCACGAACAGCCGCUACUGCCGGAUCCGGAGGACGCCUGGGUUGAGGAUGUGUCGCACACACUUCCUCUGGGGAGUGGAUCUACGCAGGAGUGGACGAGCAGGCAGUGCCAGCACAGGGAAGCAGGGACCAUGCGCGAGUCGUUCACCGCAUUGCUGGAGGAGGGUGUCGACAACGCCGCCACGGAGCUUGUGGACUUGGAUUUCGGAUUGUGCAGCGGGAGUGGUGCAAGUGGUCCGAUCCACGGCGGAGGGGUGGUGGGAUCGCCAACGUUGGGAGGAGGAUCGUCCCAUGUCGGUGGGCCAACGAAUGGGUGCCGUCCUUCGGUCCCGAGUUCCAUGGGCGCCGGGCCACUUGGCGAGUCGUCAAGGGCAGUGACACCCAUCCGCCCGUCCGUGUCUUCGCCUACAAUGUGGCAAAGGGCGACCGCAAGUGCUGCAAUCAAUGAUGGGACUCCACCGGAAGACAUUGGCAGGCAGGCGUGGGAGAACUGCCGCCUACAGAUGCGGCGUGCUGCCACGGAGAACAUAACCACUGGUGUGUCCAGGCUUCGUGUGGGGAGCGACGUGGAUGCGGAUGACAGCCGUCGAGCGAGUGGGGACGAGUCUCCGGAUUCUCGUUACGAAGAGGACGCAGAAGACGGUGAGGGGUUGGAGAUCCGACCCGUGGCUGCGCGUGGUGGACGGAGGGGAGGACGAGGACGAGGACGUCAGCAGAAGGGCAAGUCGCGUGGUGGCCGAGGAUCGAGGGCUCCUGUGGGCGACAAGGGUGGCAAGCACCGAGCUUGGAGUGUGGAGGAGAUGCUGAAGCUCGCUUGAGCGAAGCGGGAUCAGCAAGCUCAUUUCGAGG